CUGCCGGGCGUUUGCCAACACAGUGGGCAUAUGUUGAAAAAUGGCUGACAUAAAUUAAUUUUCAAGUGAUUUGUUUUGUGCAUUUUCGCUGGUGUUAAGGAUGAACUCUAUGCAAGGACACUUAAAGCCGACAGCCAAAUAAAUUAGAGCACAAUGCUAAUUUAAUGCACGGAUCGAAGCACACAGAAAGACUGCGCACAAGAAGAAUCACAGCCCAUCGAGCACCCACCACCACAUACACAGCCGCAAUGAUGAACAACCAUUAUCACUUGCAACACGAUCACCCGCCGCAAAACGUGGCACAUCCGUACUUGCAGCAGCCGAAUGUUGCUGGAGUAGGUCCUCCUCCUCCGCCGACCACCACCUAUGGCUACUUACCCCAGUCGGCUGGGCAGCAACCGCAGUGGAUGACCACCACAUACCAGAUCCUGCCUCCCACUGCAGGACCCGCCACGGGGGCCAAGCGCUACUACGCCACAACCACUGGAGGAGCACCGACCACACAUCCCACCCAUCCCAGCACAAUUCAGAUAACCAACAGCUUCGCCCAACAGGCCACGCCAACGAAGCAACAGGCGGCCAGCAGCUCCAGUCCCUUUAAGGCCAACAACAUACGCAUCAUCUCGACAGCGCCGAAUGUCUACAGUCUGAACAAGUCGCCGCAGGAUCCACACUCCAUCUAUGCACCGGUUCAGUCGUAUUAUUUGCCCAGUGGAGGAGGCCCAGCGGCGGGACAACUCAGUCUGAUGACUGCCAGUGGAACAGCCAAGCAAUUGCAGCCGCCACCCCUGGUGCCCGUGAGCAACUCGUCCUCGCCGCCCUCCACCGUGGUACUGGAUCGCAUCAACAUUUGCAUCAACAACCACUACGCGGAGUCACCCGCCUCCUUGAGUUCAUCAUCAUCACUGAGCACGGCCCAGCAGCCGUCACCCAUCAUACCGGCAAUCCAGCACAAGGCCAUUCUGCCCCUCAUCGACAGCAGCACGGUCGACAGCAGCAGCUGCAGCAGCAGUUCGGUGUCCAGCAGCAGCUAUGGUGGUGCCACCACCACCUCGGCGGCCUUGGUGAUUGUGGAUGAACCGGAUUCCACGACCACAACGCCGCAGACGCCGCCAACUACGCCGGAGACGAUGAGUUCGCCUGACAAGUCAUCGCCCUCGCCCCCGUUGCUGGCCACGCAGUCGCUGCUCAAGGCCGUCAGCCAAAUGAAGCCGAGCUUCAAGGCCGUCGAUGCAGCACCGCCCACGCCGCCAACUCCUCCUUCACCUCCUCCGCUGCCGCCAACACCAGUCGUUGCUGCUCCGCCAGCGGUCACGUAUGCCCUGCAGGAGGACGUCUUUAUCAAGUGCAACGAUGGGAGGUUCUACUUGGGCACCAUUAUUGAGCAGACGAGCGACCAGUUUCUCAUCCGCUUCGAUGAUCAGUCUGAGCAAUGGUGCGAGCCGGACAAGCUGCGCAAGCUUGGCGGCGGCAGUUCGACGAGCGGUGGCGGGGGAGGCGGCUCCAGUUCGGACACCCCGAGUACCUCCACCACUGGACCCAUGUGCGUGGCCUGCAAGCGAUCGGACAUUGAGGAUGUGGUGGAGAUUUGCGAGCGCUGCGGACGCGGCUAUCAUCGUGGAUGCACCACAGAAAUCAGCAGCGGAAUUUGGAGCUGCAAGCGCUGCGCGAAGCCUAUGAAAAUGCAACAGCCGCUGAAUCAUGAGAUCACAAAACCGUCGGGGAUUUGCCGUCAGUUACCCUACCAUGCGGAUAAGCUCAGCUGGGAUGAGAAGCAUCGGGUCAACGAGGAGCAGAUAUACUGCUACUGCGGCAAGCCGGGAAAAUUCGAUCAGGACAUGCUGCAGUGCUGCAAGUGUCGCAACUGGUUCCACACCCAAUGUAUGCAGAACUUCAAGAGGAAGCUGCUGCGCGGCGACAUGUUCUUUGUGUUCUGCUGCACGGUGUGCAACGACGGCGUGGAGUUCGUUCGGCGUUUGCAAAUCGAAUGGGUGGACGUGCUUCACCUUGCACUGUACAAUCUGCGCAAGCACCAACACCAGAAGUACUACCACCUGCUGAAGGACAUCUGGCCAUUCAUACUGGAAAAGCGCCACCAACUGCCUAUCUGCGAUAAAUGGCGCGCACUGCCGGAAACGGCACUGAUGGAACUCAUCAAGCUCACUCUGAAGGACUACUCGAAGAGAUUCGUCUGCGGCAAGGAGUACAAACGAGCACCGGUCUUCUAUGCGCUACGCCACAGUGGGCCGCCAAUCACUCCCAAGGUGUUUCUGCUGCCCCACGAGGAGCUCUCCGAUGAUGUGCUGGUUAAAAAGUUCAAGCUGCGGCUUAUGCCCGUGGAGGCGGGGGAAAUUGAAGAGGAACCCUUGAAGGGGGCUCCCAAAGAUGUGUACGAGUUCAACACGGACGAGGAUGAGCCAGUCGAGACGAGUGAAGACGAGAUCCCCAUCAAGCAAAUCAUCGAGAAGGCCAAAAAGCAGACCGGCCAGAAGGUCGAUGAUGGUGUUGAUGAGUUGCCACUGAAGCAGAAGCAGCCGGAACCCGUCGAGGCGGGCGCUCUCGACCUCGCCGAUGACAAUGCCAACGAUGGCGAUCACGGCAAACUGCCAGCACCCAUUCCACCGCUCUUGGAGGCCAACAGCAGCCGAAAACGCAAGGCUUUCCGUUUGUCCAAGCGCUACGACAACAGCCGCAACCACUGUGAUUUAUCGUCCGACGAGAACUCAAGCAGCAGUCGGGGCACCAGUUCGCUGGACCUCAUCAUACCCCCGCCGGCCAAUUUUCUGGGACGCAACAAUCCCUUUCUAAUGGCCACGCCCAAAAAGGCGACGCAGGGAAGAGCUGGAAUCGGUGUGGGAGCUGGAGUCGGCGUGAAUGGCAUCAUCAACAGCAUUUUCAAGCUUAAGGGCAACUCCAAGGAGCAGCCGCGCAUGGUGCGCACCAUCAAGCGAAGACUGAGUGCCAAAGACAUAACCAUAGGGCCCAAUCAGGAGGUGCGCAGGCGCCGCACCCGCCGCCUGACCACGGCCAUUGAGGUCAUCAGCACCACUACGAUCAAUCCCAUACCCAGCCACUACCUUCCUCUCUACGCCAAAGAUCUGCAACCGCCGGCAACGCCAAUGGGAAAGCCAACACACGGGCGAAUGUUGCGCCAGCGACCACAGAAGCUGUCGCCCAGCCAAAGCCGCCGGAACUCUACCAGCUCGACGGCAACCACUGGGAGCAGCAACGGGAUUACAACUCCGGGACAUUCCAUGCUGGAUCUGAAGCAGUCGGUGAACAAGUAUUUUGGCGGCGCCAUGAAUCGCAUAGAUGCCGGCGAAUCGUUUGCCAUACGGGCCAAGCGGCGCAUGGGGAACGGACAGGUCCAAUACCUGGUGGAGUGGGGAGGAGAUGCUGCGAUCGGAUCGAUGGGAAAUUAGACACUUUGGGAUCAACCGACUCAUGUUUACUUAUAUAUUUAUCAUUUCCUUUCAUUUCAUUAUCAUUUUUCUGCGUUAUUUUAUUAUUAUCGCUGCCAACUCCGGGCCUCUUUAUUUGUUAACGUUUAAAAGUUUAUUACCAAUCCACUGCCAAAAUAGCAAAAGAAUGUUCAAAAUAUUGGUUCAGCAUUAAAGCGGUUUAAUGUUAAAAUGUAAAAAAAAAAAAAAAUGCAAAAAGCAACUGAAUACAGGUUAUAAUUGUGCAAUGGCAGUUAAUUGUUGCAGCAAAACUUAAGAAAAUUUCCACAAAAUUGGUAAAAGUAUUACAAGAUUUAUUUAGAAGCCUAUGUAAUAUUCGCUGCUGAAUGAAAACGUAUUAAAUAAUGUCGAUUAAAGGAAAACGAUUCAGUUAAGUUCAGUUACGUACUUUAGCUAUAUGCCCAUGUAUAUUUUUGAAAAAUAUAUGUUGAAAGGGAAACUCUCACACAAAUCCAUGUUAUGCAUACAAAAAAUACUUGAUAUACACACAAAUUUAAUGAAAUUUAGGACUAGUUUAAUCAUUUUCGCCCAUAGACUAGGGAAACUACACAAUAAUGAAUUAAGCAAGUAAAUUUUAUGUUUAACUAUUAAAAAGCUACACAAAAUCAAAAUUGAGUUGAACGCAAACAAAAUCUCAAGCUGACGUAAAUGUUUGGCUAAACCAGAGCGGAAUACGAUGUGUUUAAUUUAAUGAAGUAUAUAAUGCCCAAAUAAAUGUUUCGAAAAACGCA